UGGUUCCAGCGCAGGAGAAAUCGAAAGUGGGCAGCAGCAGAAGGAGCAGAAGCAACAGAAACCAAAGGGAGGCUCGGUGGCGAGCUGGGGGUUCCUCACCCCACCAUGGCCAGCCCCGACCAGCAACAGCAGCAGCAGCAGGAGGAGGAGGAGGAUUUCCAGUUCGUCCUCUGCGAGGGCUGCCGGCAGGAAUCGCCCAGCCUCAAGCUCCUCACCUGCCUGCACACCCUGUGCCUGGGCUGCCUGAGCGAGAACAAGCCCGUGGGGCAGUGCCCCGUGUGCCAGGCGGCCAUCCCGCAGGCCAACGGCAUCCCCGACGUGGACAAUGUGCUCUUCGCCAGCCUGCAGGCCAGGCUCCGCGUCUACCGCAGGAUCGUCGGCGGGGCCGAGCUGCUCUGUGACAACUGCAAGAAGGAGGGCGAGUACUGGUGCUCCGAGUGUGAGGAGUUCCUGUGCACCACCUGCUUCGAGGCCCACCAGCGCUACCUGAAGCGGGAGAGCCACGAGGCCAAGAGGGUGAAGGACAUCAGGGCGGGGGCGCUGAAGGAUUUCCUCGAGGGCGCCAAGAGGACCGGCAGCUUGUCCUGCUCCAACCCCACCCACAAGAACCAGACCCUAAGCAUCUACUGCAAGAAGUGUGAGAAGCCGGUGUGCUGCAUCUGCGCCCUGCUGGACACGCAGCACGCCGGGCAGCACUGCGACAUCGGCGCCGAGAUCCAGCGGCGGCAGGAGGAGCUGGCGGCCGCCGGCCGGGAGCUGGCGCGCCGGCGGGGCGGCUUCGAGGCGUCGCGCGCGGCGCUGCAGGAGGAGGCCGCCCGGCUGGAGGCGGCGAGCGGCGAGACGCGGGAGCUGAUCCGGCAGCGCGUGGAGCAGCUGGUGCGGCUGGUGCGGCGCGAGGAGGACGAGCUGCUGGGGCUGGUGGAGCGGCGGCAGGAGCAGGGCCGGCGGGAGCUGGCGGGGGAGCUGCGGCGCGUGGAGGGCGUGCUGCGGCGGAUGGAGGCGGGCGAGCGGCUGGUGGAGAAGAUGAGGCUGUACGCCACGGAGCAGGAGGUGAUGGACAUGCAGCCCUUCGUCAAGGAGGCGCUGCAGGAGCUGCAGCAGCUGCAGCCAGCGGCGGCCGGGGGCCGAGCGCAGCACGGGGACUUCGCCGAGUGCCGCGCCAGGCUGCAGGCGCUGGCCGAGCGCGUCGAGGGGCACGCAGAAGCUGCCCCUGCUCCAGCCACAGAAAACUCCCACCAGGCCCCCUCUACCUCCACCCCUGCCAAGAGGAAGAAGGACAAGAACACCAACACGCUGCCGUCACCAGUGAAGGUGAUGAAGGUUGAAGAGGACGACAAUGAAUGGAACGUGCUGGUGGGGCCGCAGAGGCCAAGCUGUGAGGAGCAGCCUGGGACCAGCUUUUUGGCACCCGCCAUGGACGACGGCCUGCUGGAAGGCGUGCUGGAUAGCAACAAUGGGCUCUGCAACAUGGAUAGCAAUAAUCACAGCUUGGAGAGUGCUGAAGAGGACAGCGUGGAUGAGGAGUCCAAGGACUCCAGCCUACUGGAUGGUCUCAGUAACAUGCUCGAUGACAGCACCAGCGAAGAGUACCUGGGCUUCCCCAUCCGCCUCCAGAACACAAUGGACACGAGACAAGGGUCCCUGGUCUUCUUUGACGUUAAGAUUUUGAAAAAUGAGAUCAUCCAGAUGGCAGUGGUCGACAGGGAGCAGAUAUUGCCAGUCCUCAUCCAGCCAGUGAAAUGUUUGCCCAGCCUGAUGGCCAAAAACAGCGUCUGCGAGGUCGGCAUGAGGAAUCUACUUAGCCACCUCCACGCCAUCCACAGGCCCAUCCUGGGUGGGUUCGGGCUCUGCUCGCUGCCGCUUCCCACCCUCCUGGAGGCUCUGACGGUUCUGGGCAAGAGCGAGGAGUUCAGCUCUGCCGUGUACGGCUUCCUGGACAUCCUGCCCCUGAUAAAGGAGGAGGUCCCCGAGAGGGACAACUACAGGCUGAAGAACUUGGCCAGCAGUUACCUGUGGCGGGACCUCAGUGACCACAGCGCCAUGGAGAACGCCAGGGCUGUGAAGGACCUGUGCGAGGUGCUGGAUGUCGACCUGGUGAAGAAACCCAGGCUGAUCCUCAGCCAUGCCAGCCUGGGGUGCUUGGCCUCCCUCCAGCCCCUGCUGGAGCAGAAGCUCCUCACCAAGGCGUCAGCCCAAAGGUUGGCCACGUGCAACGUCGGCCUCUGCGAGCUGUGGUCCUGCCACCGGCGCGACCCCGGGAAGGGUCUCCAGAAGCUGCGUGGUCUGGUCAACGCUCACCGGCACGGCUCCGAAAAGAAAGUCUGCAACCUGAGCAAGGUCAAGGUCUACUUCCAGCGCCAGCAGGAUGAAAGCCGUGAGACCCCGGCGGGCAGCGAUGUGCCGAAAGAUGUAAAAAACAAGGAAAACUACUGAAAGUUGGCGGUGCCCUGCGGUCCGACAACCCGGCUCAUGCGCAGCGAGCCCUGCAGGCUCAUGUCCCUGGUUUUACCUCCGAUGUUUCCUUGCCUGGUGGCUCUGGUCCUGGCCCUGAUCCUGACAUCUUGCCGUGCCCUCGCGUCCCCUCUGGGUUCACCAGACUGUCGGGGGAGCUUUCCAAACGCUUUCUUGGGGACAGGUGCUGCUGCCCAGAGCAUCCGGCUGCAGAUGAAAUAAAUCAUUUCUCUAUUUUGAA